ACUCUUACUUGGAUGAAUGAUCAAAUGUACGGAAGCAGAGGUGGUGACCCUUCCCCCACUGCUUUCUGUACGGUGACCCCCGCCCACAUCCACCUGUGCUGAACCCACCGUGAAGUCCGCCCGCCCGUCCGGACCAGAUCGCGGUGACGUCUCGGUCCAAAAGGUGGAGGGUUAUAAAAGCCUCCGUGUCGGAAAAACUGCGCUCUUCCUCCCAGAUCAUAACGGUCUGAGUUUUUACAGACACGCAGCGCCUUUUCUUUCUUCUCCUUUGCGAAGGUUUUGUUUGUUUGUUUUUCUCAACUUUUCUCCAAAGAUGAACAGAGUUGCUUUUGUCUUCGUCGUCGGACUUGCCUUUGCAGUCGGUCAACAGCUUCAAUGCUACAAAUGUAGCAUCGGCGUGUGGGACCUCUGCUUCACCACAAAAACCACAUGUCAAAUCGGGGAGCAGUGCUUCAGCGGUGAAGGGGGAUCGGGUGGGUUGAAACUCAAAAUGAAGGGCUGCCUUGAAGUGGCAAACUGCAACAAGACGGGCAACGUGAACUUCCCCAGCAGCUCCAACACCACCGUCUACUCCAUGACCAAAACCUGCUGCAACACCGACCUGUGCAACGCGGCGCCAGGCCUGCCCGGCGCCUCCGCCCUCAGCCUGACAGCCGUCGCCAUGUUUUCUCUUCUUGCAGCCAAUUUCAUGGUUUAAUGAUCUAGAAAAAAGAGCUAACAGACACAUACCACCAUGAUACAUGUUCUAGCACUAGACCUUUGUUUUUCAUGCAUGUUUUAAAGUGAUCUUUGCAUCAUUCAAGUUUCUAAAUCCCUCAAAAACAAAAUGUUAGCUGGAAAUUAAGUUAAAUUCAAAUUGAUUUGAAAUACAUUUACAAAUUCUGUGUUUUUACAUGCAUUUCUUUACAGAUUUUGUAUUGAAAUGUAAACAUUUUGCUCUUGUUGGAACAGAUUUAAGCCUUGGUGAUAGGAUAGAUUUAGCUAAAAUAAACAGGAAGUUGUUAGUUUACUUUUGCCUAAAUAUAGAAAAAGAAAAUCCAGAUACAACACAUUAAUACCAAGACAAAUCAAGUUUUAUGUUAUCACAAAAAUUAUUUUUUUAAAGACAUUUUUAACCGUUUUUCAGCAAUUACCUUGAGUAGCUUGGCCAAGCUAAGCUAUUGUAAGAUAACGGCACAAAAUGCUAGUUGUGGUGCACUGAAUGUGGUGCAUUCAUUUUGGGAAAACAAUUUAGCUUUGUUGCAUUUUAUCUUAGAAACCAAAAACUAAAAUACGUCUGACUUACUCUUACUUUAGCUGUAAAGAUUUUAACUCUCUUCUUAAAGCUGCAGUUUGUUUGGCUUUAAGAAGAGACGUUAGCCAAAAUAAGUAGGAAAAUGCUGGUUUGCUUUUCUGUGAAUGUAGACAAAGUUUGCCUUUCUGUCUUACUUAUGACAUAUAUUCCACUUUUCUUUACUCAUCUUUUUAAAAGGAAUGCCAGAGUAUUUCUGAUCACACAAAUACACUUUCAGAAUCGGAUUAAGUUUUCUGUGUUUGGUUUAGCUGAGUUAGAUUAGCUAACCUACUGUAAGCUAAAUGCACUAACAGAUGUUUCCCAAAAUGCAGUUUGUUUUUAAUGACAUGUAUUAUUAAGUCAAAGUAAAAAGGAGCUUAAUACGCAUUUCUAUGUUAAUUCAUUAUGUUAGAAACUGGAAACUUUAUCUUAAAUUUAAGAUUUUCUUGACCGGUGACUUGCGAAACCGCUAGCUUGCUAGCUAGCUCACAAUAUAGAAAAAAAAACACAUCUUUCUAUCGCACAUGUGACACAUAUUCCAAGUAUUUAAGAAAGAAAGCUGAGAUUAUUUUGACAAAUAAAAAGACAUAAGUAAUUGUCAAACUCAAUAGCUAGCUGUUAAACAUGCUAAGCUAAGCUAAUGGCUCAGUCAGUAUAUAUUUUAGUUUUAAGAUUAGAAUAAGAUUUGGAAAGUAUUUCUUCCUACUGAUUUCAAAAUAAAAUUAAUGCUGUAGAAAUAAAAAAGAACAAGUUUGGUUUUUAAACAUUUCUUUUUGUAUUUCUGGGUGGUUGUUUUUUUUUUUUUUUGAGGCCCAUCUUUAUUUUUCUAUCUUAAAAAUUAUCAAUAAUUUCAGAAAACACAUGACUCCAUCAGUUUUAUUUAACUUCUUGAUGUUUGUGUCAAAGUUACAUGUUUACACCGGUUGAUCAGAAACUGUAGGAUGAAAGUUUUUAUGAUUUUUUUAAAGGUUUGUUCAGCAUAUUUAGGUUGUGUUUCAUUUAACACAUUUACUCAUUUACUUAGUUAACUUUCACUUUUUUAUGUUGCCUCUCCUGUGGAUGUUUCCUCGAUAUUUUCAACAUCAGAAAUUUGUCUGACAUUAAGUUGAAAUGUUUCUUUGUAAAAUUGUUUUUGACAAAGGUGAAUAAAAUUGGAAAAUGGGAACGAA